AUGGAAGCGUCCAAUGUUGUGAAUGUUUGCUCUGGCACACAUCCUGUACAGAGCCAUCCAAGGUACGCCUUCAAGUACGGCGUCAACGACCCGCACACUGGAGACCAGAAGCACGCCUCCGAGACCCGCGACGGCGACGUGGUCAAGGGCCAGUACUCGCUGGUGGAGCCUGACGGCUCGGUGCGCACCGUCGACUACACGGCGGACUCCAUCAACGGAUUCAACGCCGUGGUCAGCAAGUCCGGGCCGAACCUGCACGACCCGCCCGCACUGAAGGUACCCCUGGCCGUGCCUGUAGCACACGCCAAGCCUGUGGUUGCCGUCGAGCCCGUGGCCCUGGCCAAGCCCCUCUACAAGCCCUACUCGGCCCUGGGCGCGGACUACAGUGACGUGGCGUACGCGCCCGCCCCAAUCGUGGAGCACCCCCACCUGACGCAGGCCUCCAUCGGCGCGCCGGCUCACUUCCAAGAGUACGACGUGUACGACGAGGCCGGCAGCUACCUGGGCCUCCUCGGCAGCAACGGCCAGUACACGGCGGCGGCCUCCGCGCCCCACGAAGCCUACUCGCAGUACGACGGCUACUACUAGAGCUGCCGAUCGUGGCAGAUGUCUGAAAACAGCGCUGCGUUUUGGGCUCCGAAGUGAACUGGGGGUGGCAGAGAAUCACCGCUGCCGCCCACAGAUGUCAUAUAGUGCCAACCUCAGGAAAAAGAACAGGACGACGUGCCGCGAGGCACCGCGACCAUGCUUAAACUUAAACAGUUGCCUCCCCCGAGUAUUACAACUAUUUACAAUAAUUUAUACAGAUGAUAGAAGGAGGUAACUCGGAGGUCGCUUCUUGGGAACCGACCAGCCAGGCGACAGUGCUGUGCGACUAGGGUAUGAAUGUUGUUGUGCUGUAAAUAUGGCUACCCCGUUAUUUUGUAUGAUAAUAAUAGUAGUAAUAAUAAUUUAUAAUGCGUACUGAAUGCCGCGAAAGCACAAGUCACUGACAUAACGAUGACGAUGAUCUGGUCACAUUCCUGUUGUUAUCAUUGCCAAAUAAAAUGUUUCCUUCUUCAACGACCUUUUUAGUUAAUCACGGGCCACUUUGAUUUUUCGUAAACUAGAUGACAGACAACUCGCCCCGGUUAACUUUGACGCAGUUAACUCACCCCAGGUCCAAUAUUCUGUACAAAAAACUCAAUUGUUUCCGCCGACCUAUUUCUAAGUGUUUUUAUGAAUUGUAAAAUUACGGUAAAGUAUGAAACAGAAAGAAAAUAUGGAAAAUAUUUAGAAGUGAUGUACCAUCUCUCUCAUCGAUAAAAAUAUAAUUUGUCCAAUCAAAGGA